CUUCUUUCAUCUCUUAUCUGGCCGUAUCACUAUACCCUCGACGAUCAAUAGCGACCAUCCGCGGUCUCGGAUUGUGCUGGGGUUUCGAAGCGAAUCCAUCGUUUUGGUUGUCGCUUACUGGUCUCCUCUGCUGUCCCUCCUUGGUCUCUUGGAUCCCCGCGGGGAGUGACACUCGUGUGGCCUGUUCUCGGUUUGCCUUGUUCAUCGCUCUCCCACCCGGUCUGCCUGGCUCCUUACUGCCCCAUUCAUCCCUACGAUUGGACCACGCCGCAACCAGGAUCAAUGCGUGGGACUCCAUAGGCAUGCCAAUUCAAUAACACCCGUUGAUUGAUCGUUCGCUUUUCCUAUUCUUAUUGGUACAACUCUCGACCGCUCGUGGACUUUACACCCCCGCAGGGCUAUCCCAUCAUAUCCACCAUGUCUGUCCCUCGGCCUGGGAUACGUCCUCCCAUGCCUCCGAAGAGUGGCCCAAGAGCACCUAUGGGAAGAUUGGCCAGCCUUAAACCACCCAAUUCAACUCCGAUCAGGCGUCCCCAGCCUAUUUCUCGGCCUCAGCCAACCAGGCCAACCACCCACCCGAAAACCACCACUUGCCCUAACCCCGGCUGUCCGGCCCCUCAUAUCGUCGAGGAUGACGGUCAAAAGGUCUGUUCCGGGUGUGGUACGGUUAUCAGCGAAGCAAACAUCGUCUCCGAAGUCACUUUCGGGGAAACCUCAUCUGGUGCUGCCGUCGUUCAGGGUACCUUUGUCGGAGAAGACCAGUCCCACGUCCGCAGCUAUGGCCCGGGUUUCCAGCGCGGAGGGGCUGAAAGCCGCGAGAUCACCGAGCAGAACGGAAAUCGGUACAUCACCCAGCUGUCUCGUGCCCUCAUGAUCCCUGAGAGCGCCAUGAAGGCUGCCGGUCAGGUAUUCAAGCUUGCGGUCGGACUGAACUUCAUUCAAGGUCGAAGGACCAAGACGGUAGCCGCAGUGUGUCUAUACAUUGCAUGCCGUCGACAGGAUGGUAACACCGUCAUGCUUAUUGAUUUUGCCGAUGUUCUUAUGAUCAACGUGUUCAAGCUGGGUCGAACCUACAAAGCACUGCUGGACGAGUUGCGCCUAGGCGGCAAUGUUUUCCUAAUGAAUCCGAUUGACCCUGAAAGUUUGAUCUACCGGUUUGCUAAGCAGCUCGAGUUCGGGUCCGCUACCAUGCAGGUGGCUAGCGAAGCGGUGCGAAUCGUUCAGCGAAUGAAUCGCGAUUGGAUGACGACAGGUCGUCGUCCCGCCGGUAUUUGUGGUGCCGCCUUGAUCCUUGCAGCCCGGAUGAACAACUUCCGUCGUACCGUUCGAGAGGUUGUCUAUGUAGUCAAGGUCACUGAGAUCACCAUCAGCCAGCGUCUAAAUGAAUUCAGCUCGACAGAGAGUGGUGAACUCACGGUUGACCAGUUCCGUUCCGUGCAACUGGAGAACGCUCAUGAUCCACCUUCCUUUGCUAGAGCUAGAGAUGGAAGGAAGCCGUCCCGAUCUUUUAAGCGGAGGCCCACGGAAACGGCUGCCGAGAUCGAAGGGGAUGUACAAGAAGCACAGCAGCCUAGGCGGGUUGACUCAGAUGGCUUUGCUAUUCCUAACCUUCCCAUUGAUCCGGCAUUGAUCGCGGCUAGCAGCGGCCAACGCCGCCAAUCGACUGCCUCUACCGCAAGCGAAGCCACAUCGGAGGCUGGGGAAGAAGCCGCCAAGCCCGGUCGACACAAGGGUCCGAAGCGGCCUCCGCUUCCCGCUCCCUCGCCUGACCAGAUUGCAUCUGAAGAGGCAUUGGAAAAUGAGAUGACCGCCCUCUUAUCCAAAGGCUCGAAUAUGAUUGAGACUGGUGUCGGUCCACCCAGGAAGGUCGUGUCGGAUAAUGCGGAAAUUGACGCUACCGAGUUUGAGUCGGAUCCCGAGGUAUCUAACUGCCUGCUUUCUCCCGCCGAGGUCGAGAUCAAGGAACGGAUCUGGGUACAUGAGAACAAAGACUACCUCCGUGCGCAACAGGCCAAAGCGCUAAAGCGAGCUCUGGCGGAAGCUGAUGCACGCCCUGGCGCCGACGGCCGUGUGCAUAAACCGCGGAAGCGCCGCCGAGGUAGACUGGGAGACGUUGCCUAUCUUGAGGGCGAUGGUGAAGACGGAGACGGCCGGAGCACUCGCGCCUCAACUCCUGCAGAAGCUACUCGUCGGAUGUUGGAGAGGAGAGGGUUCAGUAAGAAGAUCAAUUACCGUCUCCUGGAGUCCCUGUUCGGUGAAGAGGGGGCCGAUGAGGCCUCCAAGUCCAAGGAAGAAAGCUUGAGCCGCAGCCAGAGUCGCAGCCAAAGCGUUAUCUCACGACGCAGUGCCAGCAUCGAACCAGAGGCGGCCCCGAGGGGUGCGGGGCUUGCAGCCUCCUUGACCACCAGCCAGCCCAUCGGAGGUCCUGUGUCUUCUGUUGCUCCGGUGCGUGGCUCUACGGAGCAUGUUACUCACACCGGAGCACCGGCCGAUCAAGCUGGAAAAGUGGGCCAGAAUGAGGAGGUCCUUGGUCCUGCUGAUGGGGCAAAGAACGGAUAUUCGGAUGGCGAGCAGGAGGAUGAUUACGACGAGGAGGAUGAUAUGGAGGAUGAUCCCGACGGGGUUGACGCGGCAUUUGCAGGAAACUACGGGGACUACUAUGACGAAGGCAGUGAUUAUGAUAGUAACUGAAGUUGCGAUGCUCGCACUUGCAGGGUUGGGGGUUCCACAGCAAGGCAUGUACAUAGAGUCCGGCGCCAAGUCGGCGGGAAUUUGAUACCCAGUCAUUCCAGGCUUAAUCUUAAACGGCAAGUGGCCUCGUCGCCUUCCCUUUGGGGCCAUCAUCACGUGUGGCCGCAGCGAAACCAAGUAGACACCAGAAACCGGAAACCGGGAACCUCCCCACGCCA